GCUCCGUCAUCCUUUCCGGUCAUCUGUGUCCGCUAAAGAAAGGGCGGUUUGAGUGGCAUUGGGGUGGUGUUGAUGACUUGAUGCUCGCAUCGGAGAAACCAAGAGCGCCGGCCACCGCAUCGCCGACAUCCGCUUCGGGACAGGUCCAUCCUCACCUUGGCUUCUCCAUCAUCCUCUCGGGGCAUCCUCGCGCCUCAGACUAUAGACUAACGCUUGAAACACAGAGCAGUGGAAUCUGCAACGCUCUCCUGGCUGAUUGUUUUGCCCUCGCAUCUACCACCCACUGUUGAGCUGAGCUCCGGUCAUCCCCUCUGCUUCACCCGACCGUUUCGUCCCUCACCAUCAACAUCACACAGCUCAACCGCCACCAUGCGAAUACCCUCUAGCCUCUCGACCCUUCUCUUCUCCUCCGCUCUUCUCCCUAGCCUCGCCUCCGCCUCCGGGUUCGACUGCCAACACAUUAACGUCGACAACUUCAAAUAUGACCUCAAGGCUCUCGGCGGCGUGCACACGCUCUACCACGUGGACGAGACGGAAGAAUACAUCGUCAACACGACUUACGUGCUCAACAUUUGCAAUAUCCUCAAGGGUGCCGCUCACCGCGGACAUCUGAAAUGCCCAACCUCCAAGAACAUCUGCGGCUUCCAAUACAAAACCGCUCUCGACAGCCACAAGGAAGAGAGCACAGUCUUCCCCAUUGUCGGCCUAGACCACCUAGGCCACGGCUCCAAAGACCCGGAAAUCACUCGGUUGAAGAAACUCGAUUCCUCGCGGGAAGGUCUUCUCGUCAAACUCUCCGGCGGCGAGUACUACGAUGAAGAGCAAAAGAAGAAAAAGGACGCCGGCGCCGUCAUCGAGUUCCAGUGCGAUCCCGACCGGUCGGGAUUGGAGGGUCUGCAGACCACCGAGGACACGGAAACGGAGGAGCGCCGACGCCGUCGCGCCGACGAGAACAACGGUGACAAUAACGAAGGCAAUGGCACCAUCCCGCUGGACGAGCGCAGUCUGCAAUUUACGAGUUUUGGGCCCGCGGAUGAUGACUCCUACGUGCUCAAGUUGAAUUGGAGGACGCGGUACGCGUGCGAUAAUUACAAGGAUGAGCCGGAUCGGCAGACGGGUGAUGGGUCGAGUCACUGGGGGUUCUUUACGUGGUUGAUCAUUAUCCUCUUCCUCUGCAUCGCCGCCUACCUCAUCUUCGGCUCCUGGCUCAACUACAACCGCUACGGCGCCCGUGGAUGGGAUCUCCUGCCACACGGCGACACCAUCCGCGACAUUCCCUACAUCUUCCAGGACUGGCUACGACGGGUCGUAAACACUCUUCAAGGAACGGGGACAAGAGGCGGCUACAGUGCUGUUUAGGUACGGGUUUAGUUUCAGAAUGCUUCUUUCCCUUGCUGUGGUUUAAGCUCGAGAUGGGUUGAUUUGGGUUGGGCCGGGUUGUGGCUUUGAGUGUUGACGAUUUGCCUCGAGAAGGCUAGUAUGUAUACCGUUCUAUCAAUAAGAUUUCUGUCUUGGGUAUGACUUUAUUAUCUCUUUGAUGCAGAUAUCACUGUACGGUAGACCUUUCCAGUUUAGUUAGGCGUUAAACAUAGAGGCGAAUUUUACACUCCAAAGUAAAACAAAUAA